CUGGACAAGGUUCUCCCUGCGGCUACAACGCUUUGCAACUAAAAUCACUCAGAAGACACAGCUGGGGAGCUCCUGAGCCUGGACAUUCCUUCUCCACAGACAUCUCUUCAGUGCAGAUAUCUCAAGCAAAACUAUGGAGCCUCAAAGACAGAGUUUGAAGCCGGCCCUGCCCUUGUCUUUGGAAACAUAUCACAUUUCUGAGGAGUAUGGCUUUCUCCUUCCACAUCCUCUGGCAGAACUUCCUGACCAUUACCAGCCUUGGAUGGAAAUUGCCAACAAACUUCCUCACUUAAUCGAGAGCCACCAGCUCCGGGCCCAUGUGUCCAAGAUGCCUCUCCUGGACUGCAGGUUCCUCAAGGGUUAUCGCCAGCAGCGCCUGGCACACCUGGUGCUGGCCGCCAUCACCAUGGGAUUCGUCUGGCAGGAAGGAGAGACCCAACCCCAAAAGGUGCUGCCAAGAACUCUUGCCAUUCCGUUUGUUGAGGUCUCUAGGAAUUUGGGGCUCCCUCCUAUCCUGGUCCACUCUGAUCUGGUGCUGACCAACUGGACCAAGAGGAACCCUGAAGGACCAUUGGAGAUCAGUAACCUGGAGACCAUCAUCUCUUUCCCGGGGGGAGAGAGCCUGCAGGGCUUCGUCCUGGUGACAGUUCUGGUGGAGAAGGCAGCAGCACCUGGCAUUAAGGCCCUGGUUCAGGGAGUGGAGGCCAUUCUGCGACACAGCCGGGAAACCCUGCUCCAGGCCCUGCAGCAGCUGAAGCUCUCCAUGCAGGAUAUCACCAGAACCUUGGCCCAAAUGCACGAUUGUGUAGACCCAGACAUAUUUUACUCAGUCAUCCGGAUCUUCCUCUCCGGGUGGAAGGACAACCCGGCCCUGCCUGAGGGGCUGGUCUAUGAGGGUGUUGCCACAGAGCCUCUGAGGUACUCUGGAGGAAGCGCAGCCCAGAGUUCUGCCCUUCAGGCUUUCGAUGAGUUCCUGGGCAUUCGGCAUUUCGAGGAAAGUGGCCUGAAGAACAUUUGCAAUUUGGAGAACAAAAUAAACAUUCUUCCAAAGUUUCUGUGAGCAUGUUCAUCUCUACAGCAAAGAAAGAGUACAUGAAACAUAAGAAUUAACAGAUACCUCAACGAAACAAUAAUGUUUCAUGAUGCUAUAAAAAUUUUAAAUGUAGCAGAAAAUAUUUUUCAUGAUAGUAGCAAGAAUGCAUAGGAGUAUACUUUACAGAAGGAGUAAAUUGUAUGGAAAAGUUCUUUGGAAAAAAAAAACUUAUUGAAGGAUAUUCUAAAACUAACCAAAAUAAUUUAGGAUAAAAGUCAAUUUGCUGCCUCACAGUGAAUUGAUAUUUUUAAUGGAAUUUGACUAAUGGAUACCAAAAUUAAUAAGAAAGUAAGAGCCAAGGAUUAUCAAAACUACUAUAAAAAAGAAGAGCACCCAUGCCAGACAGUAUAGCAGCUCUGCUGUAUGGCUACUAACUAGAGCAUCGCAGUGUAGAAAUAGGGACAGGCAACAGAGCUAGUGAACAGCAAAGACAAAAGAGACCUUGGUCCAUUCUGAAGAUUGUCAUAUGAGAUUACUUUGUUAAUUAGAUAUGGGGAAAAAAAGAACUAUAUCACAAACAUACUUGUAAUAAUUCUCCAUUUGCAACAAUUCACUUAAAUAUCUACGUUGCUCCAUAAUCAUAAAAAUAACCUCUGGCAUUAAUUGACUGCUCAUCCCACCCCAGACAAACUAGUCUAGAGAAGCUUUCUGUGUCAUUUCACCUCUGACUUGGCCCCAUCUCUAUGCAGAUUGUGCCCAGUUAUACCGUGUAAAAGUAACUUUUAUUCACUAGAAGAAGAGAUGAGAUGAGAGUCAUGCCAAAGCUGUGUGAAUACACAGUUUGGGCUGAGCUCAGAGCAUUUCUUUUUCUGUUCUAAUUAUACCUAGGCCUAGACCUAGAAGCAUCUACAAUCUAACCUAGAUCUAGAAUGUUUUCAGCUUUUGAUACUUACUGCUGAAUAAGAUCACCCUUUCUAGUUCUUUCUGAACUCUAGCUGGCUGGUUCAACUCAGCUGUUUUCACUCAAACUCCUGUCCUAGUUGACUGAUUCAAACUGGAUUCUCUCACUUCUGACUGAAUUGUUCUGCUUGGCCUCAAACUAACUCUAGCAACCUGGCUCCUCAUUCUCUAGCUUAUUCUGUCUUCAUCUGUGUCUAGCUUGUCUCUAUAAAACUCUCCAGGCAAAACUGCCUCCCCUCCCUCUCUGCCCUGGUCUUAAGUUGCCUCUUUUCUCUGUCUGUUCUUAUAAGAGUUGGGUAUAUCCUAUCUCAGACUCAUUCUGUCAAAUCUUUGAUUUGUCAUUUUGUCUGCCUCUCAAUUAGAUGUCACUUUCAAACCUGGGUGCUUCCUUCUCCAAACUAACCUUACCAAUACUAUUUGGGAUUAAGGGUACGAGUGUAUUCCAGCCAGAGGGAUUAAAGGUGUGUGGCAUGUCUGCAUUGCAGCUGGAUCACAUAGACCUAGAUUUUCAAAUGUGAUCCCUUUCCAGAGUAGCCAUAUUGAUGGAUUAAAAUUCCUCUACAACACGCUAAACACACAGCAGAACUUGCUUGUCACCCAGGCAGCUGGUAAGUCCUCCCUCUGGAUAGUGUUCUCUGUAGCAUCCUGGCAACGAGAAUGAAGUGCAAGGUCCUAAGGAACCUAAUGAACCCAAAACUCCAGAGACAGCUCAGAGGAUGGAGUAGUCCUGCUUGUUCCCCUGCACUGCAAAACAUAGGACAAAGCAAAGGGCAACAACCAUACAACCCUAAGAAGCCAUCUCAGAAAACAUGAAUGGGAAUGUCAUAUUGCAAAUAGAAAAUAAUGGCUGUGUCUUGGAAGGAGGUGGGAUUGGGUCCAGGAUGGGUCUCUAUGGCUUUCGGUGCUAUUUGACUGUGACAACUCUGGGCAGAAUGGAAUCUCUUUCAGUCUGAUUCUUCUUUCUAUAUCUUUAACCUUUCACACUUGUUUGUGUUUUACAAAAUGAAUGCAAAAGCUGCCAUAUUAAAGAGUUGGGUGGAGACAAAGGAUAGUGGCACUCCUGUGACUCCCUCGGGCAUGUCUUCAGGAGGCAGCAGGUGCUUGGGAACCAGACUCAUUUUUUUUCUAACUUCUCCCUUCCUGGUAAACACUAAAGCCAAUGCCAGCGGUCUAUUCUCAGACAUGUCAUCAGACCUGUUCAUCUGUUAUCUGAAGCUUCCAUUGCCUUGUGCAUGGCAAGUCUCAGUAAAUAGUGUUGACUGAGCCAUUUAUAAAGUGGCAUUAAACCAUUAUAAACCAAAUUAAGCCAUGUUCAUUUAAAUCACCUAACAGGUGACAGUCGAGUAAGAAAUUGAUUUCUUGGGAGCAGUGUUAGAAGAGGCAGCUCUCCUUUCCUUUAGGUAGGCAGGAAAAUAGAUGGGAAAGCUUGUGCUGACUUAGCUUUAAAAGCUUCCCUGGGCUUUGUUUGCUCUGCAAGGUUUUGCUCUUGCUGGGCUAAUACCUCUCCUAGCUGCCUUUGGCUGACCUUGGGCUUUCUCUGUUUAUCCCACACAGAGGAGUUUCCAUGUUAGGAACAGUCCUGCUCUUAAGCUCUUUGUAUUCUCCUCCUGAUGGUGUUUGCCUUGCCUGCAUUCCAAAGUCUUAGGAUGGAGUCAGAUCUCCAAAACCCCCCUACCUCCACCCCCAGUGGUCCCCCAGGCUGCUCUCACCUAGCCUUCUUUUGCUUUGAAAUUCACAACCUGAACCAGAACUAAAUGGAAAGGGGUAGCUUCAAAACACCUCUUAUUUCCCCUAGAAACAUAUUUCCCCAGUGUAUCAAGUGGGUAAACUUCCCUCCAUCGCCUGCCUUUCUCCCUGAGAAAACUAUCUGUUUUCUGGGAUCCAUUCGUUGGCCUCCCUUUUGUCUGGUUAUUUCCCUUAGGAAGACUCUGCUCUGGUGCUCCAGGGAGAAAUCUUCCAGUCAUGAAAGAUCAAAGCACCACUCACUGUCAGAUCCUGGGUCCUCACCCUUCCUGCACCCUGAGGAGAUGGUAGCGAAUGCUAUUGCAUUCGUGGUUUGAGUGUCUUCUUGCUCUGAAGGGAAGGGGUCCUUGGAGUACCAGUUAGGCCACAGCUACUUCUGAAUUUGUCUUUGAAAUUUUCCGACAAAGAGAAGGCUUCUCAAAUCCCAAAGGAGAGCCACGGAGAAAUGUAAAGGGGUGACAGCAAUUGUCUAGAGGAUUGCUGAAUUCAUUCUUUGGCACCAACAAAGGAUUGAAUGACCAGGAAAGACAGAAGAAAGGAAAGGUACAGCUUCCCACAUUUGGGAUGGGAGAAGUCCAAGGUUGGAAGUUCAUUAAACAGCUAGCUUGGUUCGCCCCUUUUUCCCUCUUGGUCCUGUGGCAUCCUACCAAUUUUACUUACAGUUUUCUGUGAACAAGAAACAGCUAUUUCAGUGAGUCUGCUUAUCCAUGUUCUCCAGUUUGGGAAUAGACAGGUGAGAAUAAAAAUGUCCUUGUCUCCAAUAUGGAACACAUAGGCUGAUUGGAGAAGCAAGUAAUGAUAUAAUAUGCAAUUUUUUAAACUGUGACUUAAAAAAAUAUUUGUUUGUGUAAUGAACACACAGAAAGCAAAGAGGGAGGCACCCAACUCAAGGUCCUGAAGUCAGAGUGUGCUGACAGCAGAUGUGAGCGCAGGGGUGUGACUAGCAAAGUUCAGUCAGAGGCAGGAACCAAAAAGUGUGCAAGGACAAGAUGAGCCUCUGCAGGACCAUAAAAGACCAGGCUCCAGGCAGCUCAGCAGACACUGGUCUCCAGUGUACCUCAGCACAUAUGAACCAAUAUGCUAGCAACAAGGGACCCUUCCAAUGACCAUGUCUCCCACCAGCAUCUCCGGCCUCUGGCUUGUCUCUGACAUCCGAGAACACUGACUGUCCUGAACCCUGGUUGACUUGGCCAAGCACAGCUAGCCUCCAUGGUUCUUAUGGAGCAUCUACUGCAGAGCCAGAGGCUAUUCACUUCCCUUUCCCAACCAGUAGAUGUUAACGUGGGCAACUGGGCUGCGACCUGCUGCCCUUGAGUGAACUCUGCCUCUGGAUAUUGAUGGCAUCUCUUAGAGCUAGAUUGUUAGGCUGUUGGAUUUGUUUGUUAUGGAUUGUUUUCCUUCCCCUGAUGUGUGAACAAUAAACUGUGCCU